AUGAUGCGGGCUUUGCAGGGUAAGGUUUCUAAGGUUGUUUUCUCUGAUUGCUUGAAGGAUCUUCUCCAUUCAUCUCAUUCUUCUCCCUCCAACCCUUCACCAUUGCCGUUGCCUCUACUGUUACGCCGUUUCAGCUCCAUUGAUGCUUCCAGUAGUACCCGUGGUGCAAGCAGGCGAGAAGAUUUGGCAAACAACUCUGAUCUCUUCAGUCCAUCAACCGAGCCUGAUGAUGAUACGUAUGGACGAAAAAGCAGCAGCAGCUGCGGCGGCGGCAGCAGCAGCAAUCCUCCUAACCCCAUACCCAACAGACCCUUGAGAGGUGAGCAACGAAUGAAUCGUCCCCCUCCUCAUAUCCCCCAGAGAAAACUUGGCCUCCCCAAAGACGAGGGAGUUGAUAGAGCCUCCCAAGCUUCUCCCUUUAACCAACCCUCGCCUGCAGAAAAGGUGGGUGCCACAUUAGAGGACGGUUUUCUUGAAAGAUUCAAGCUCGGUGUCCAAAAAAAGGAACGCCCCCAAGAAAGUGCGGCCGCUCAGCCCUCCAGAGAACAAGACGCUAACCAUGGCAAAGAGCAGCCGCCCCAAAACGCGGAUGAGAUUUUCAGGAAAAUGAAGGAAUCCGGUCUUAUUCCCAAUGCUGUGGCCAUGCUUGAUGGCCUCUGCAAAGAUGGUUUGGUCCAAGAAGCCAUGAAGCUUUUCGGUUUGAUGCGGGAGAAGGGUACCAUUCCAGAGGUUGUGAUAUACACUGCUGUGGUUGAGGGCUUCUGCAAGGCCCGGCAGCUUAACGAUGCGGUGAGGAUUUUCAGGAAAAUGCAGAAUAAUGGCAUCUCACCAAAUGCCUUUAGUUACACAGUAUUGAUUAGGGGAAUGUAUAAAGGUAAUAGAUUGGACAUUGCUGUUGAUUUCUGUGUUGAGAUGUUGGAGGCUGGUCACUCCCCAAAUGUGGCAACAUUGGUGGAUUUAAUCCAUGAGUUUUGUAAGGAGAAAGGUGUGGAAGAAGCAAAGAAUGUCAUUGUAACACUCAAACAGAAAGGAUUAUUUGUUGAUGACAAAGCUGUUAGAGAGUACUUGGACAAGAAAGGACCUCAAUCACCAUUGGUUUGGGAGGCAUUCUUUGGGAAGAAAAGCCCACAGAGAUCUUUUUGAGCUUCUUGUUUGAAUGAUAACUUUGCUGUCCCAAAAAAGUCCAGUCGAAUUUGAUUAUUGGGGAAGUCCAAACAAUCAUUUUGUGUUGGUCUUGAGGGGAAACAACCUUUGUGUCACCAAGUCCACCCAGAGAAUCCUUGUGGGACUUGCUCUUCCCCAUGGGUUCAUUUAUCCCUUUUCUGCUUUGAUUCUGGGUUAUGUGACAAGCAUGGAUGUGCAUUUGCAAAUGAAGGGGUAAUGCAGACAAGCCUUAUAGAAUUCACUCACUUUAUAAUUCGUUGACUUGUUGAGCUGUAUUUGCUUGUAAAAUGCCUUUGAAGUUGUGUGUGAAGGUGGGGUAUUUCUGAAGUCACCACCACCUCAAGCUGUCAUCACUAA